CCUGAGGUUUAGAGCUUAAAGUACUUAUUGCAGACCAGGACUGAAGUGGAACCUACCUAUUGAUUUAUUGUGAUCCGUAAAUUUUUGUGUUAUAAGAUGUCCUUUCUAUCAUUUAGUUUGUCUCAGCCAGUCAUUUUGGUACAUCGAUCUUUGAUGCGAUUAACUACUGGCGUGGGAAACAGGCUCAGGGUAUUCCAUAACCACAACUGAGAAGAAGAAGAUCUUUAAUGCGACGUGAGUGGUGUUGGAGCGAUACAAGGCCGACAGGCUGCCUACCACCAGAGUGGAAAGAAGGAUCUUUGAUGUGACACACCCUUUCACAUAUGCACUUUUUCAUGUAGACGCAGAGGCAGUCAUGCGUUGAAUUUGAAGGAGAAAAUAACCUAACUUAGUCUAAUUUAGUCUAGCCGCGAAUUUUCGGAGAAAUUUGGGCUACGAAUUGGCCUAAAAAUAUCGAAUACAAGGUCAGUCUGAUAUUCGAGACAUGAAUAAGACACCAGUUUCUAUUCUUCAGGAGAUGAUGGCGAAAAAGGGAACAGUACCCAAUUAUGAGUUGAUACAUGACGGCGGCGGCACGCAUAUAAACACGUUUACGUACAAAGUAACGUGUGACGAACUCACCGCGACCGGCACAGGUCGUUGUAAGAAAGACGCUAAGCACGAAGCUGCUAACGCGAUGUUAACAACAAUUGCCGCGCAUAGAAACUAUCCACAAUUGCCAGCAUCGCCAGCUAAAUCUCCUGUCAGCACACCAUUACCUGAUCCGUUACCAGUAUCCCCAAGAUUACCAGCAAAUGUACCUUUCGUCAAUACCAUAGGUGCUUUGCAGGAUCUCUGUGCUGAAAAUAACUUACAGGAACCCGAAUAUUUCCCUGUCAGUGAUCUUGGGCCGCCACAUGCAAGAGUUUUCACCAUUCGGUGUGUAGUAUCUAAUUUUACAGAAACCGGAGUAGGAAAAACAAAAAAACAAGCCAAACAUGAUGCUGCAAAAAAAAUGGCAGAUAGGAUAAACAAUAUCAUCAUGGAUAAGUUAAAAGACAUUAGUAUGGAAUCUAGUUCUCAAAACAAUGAUAGACCAGAUAAAAAAUUGAAUGAAAUUGCAGAAUCAAAAUAUUGUGUAGUGAGGAAAUUGAUCUCAUCAAGAAAGAUUAAUUUAGGUGUUAAGUUAACAGAAUAUCAUACUAUAAUGAGAGACAAUUUGGAUGCUGAUUUACGCUGUAAAAUAUUAGAAGAAUUACACAAUUUAAUUCCUGAUCAUUUGACGCUAAUUACUGAUGAAUUAAUAACAAAGAAGUUGUCUGAGCUUCAGAAUUUAUUGUCGGAAGCUAAUAUAUCGUUUAUUCUGCAAGAUUUACAACUUACAGACUCAAAUGAGUCUUCAAUGAUGAUACAGCUUGAUACUUGUCCUCCAAUUACACAGAUUGGCAUAGGGAAAACUGAGGCAGAAGCUAUCUUUAAAGCAUUGUCACAUAUAAUAAGCACUCUAAAGCUACUUUUAUAGAAUAUGCUAUUUGUCUACAUAUAAACUUUAGAAUAUAGGAUUAUUUCUUUUUUUCAGUUUUUUUUUUUUACAAAAAUAAUAUGUCGGUUGUUUUCAACAUUAAAUAUAGAAUUGAUUAAAAUGCAUCUUAUCUUUCUUCUUUUUAUUUAAGGAUUUCUAUCAUGUAACUGGUCUCUUUUUUUUUUAUCUCAAUAGAAGUUUUGAAAGAAAUUUUGUAAUUUGAUUGUACACUUUGAUGUAUAGUUCAUAUUUUAUUUACAAAUACGCGCUGUCGGUUUUUUGUUUGAAAACUUGUUCAACUUAGAAAUUUGAUGUGUGACUGUUGCAGAAUAUGGUAGCUAUAUACUGAAAUGGUCACUGAAAUAUGACUCAGAACUUCGAGAAGAUUUAUAUAUUAUGUUAAACAUGAAAGUAAUGAUAAAUAUUUUAAUUUCUAAUAAGUUCCGUAUAGUUUAUGUUUACAAAACUCUAAUCACUUGGAAGGCUGUGUCGAUUUUUUAUUGGUUUACACAUUGUGACCAAUGAUGAAAAUCGUUAAUUAUUAAAUUGUUUUUAUAUACAUUGUCCUAUAUUACUCCCCAAUGUUUUAUUUUUUAAUUUAACAUGUUUUUGAAUGAAU